AUGUUCUCCAUCAUUCAGACUGGACUCCGAGUCGUAUCCGCACCCUUCGUCACUAUCCUCCCCUUCCUCAUUGAAUUCUUCAAACCCCUCGCCAUCACCAUCAUUUUCAUCAUGCGCAUCCUCGUCAUUCACAACAUCCAUGGCAUCAGACCGUAUUGCCGACUGAGAGCCAAAGCAGUCCCUGGCUACUCUGCGCAAAGUGAUGGGAUGGCCAACACCCAGUACUCCUCCCAGUCAUCUAGCUGUCCCCCAGGGCGCACUGAUGAUUCUCCUUGCCAAAGCAAGCUUACGCCAUGUCCAGAGGCAAAUGUGGGAAGUAGACUCCUCCACAAAAGCAAUCUUUGGAAGACGGGCAUGCUUAGUGCCAGAUCGAUGGCCCUGAAGCACUGCCAGCCAUCGGACCCACAAAACUUCAAGGUGCUGCUUCAAAGGCUUGCUCCCACCAUUGCCAUAAAAAGUAUGACUCAGGUCCAUAAGCUUUGCACCUACCUUGAUAGCAGGAUUGCCCCUCAUUUUCUUGGAGAAAAGGGGGGUGUCCGCGUGCGAUUGGUUACUAGCGGAGGGAUAGAAAGCCUUAAGGGCUCUGUGGGCAAGUUCUCCCUAUCCAAACUUAACAUCAGGCAUAUAGCAUGGCAGGAAGACACAGCAUUCACUAUUUGA